UUUGUCACUCUUUUCGUCUCUCUUUCCCUUUCCAUAUACGUUUACGUUUGUAUAUACAUACAUACAUUCUACUCUAUACUAUACGUAUUAAUUAAUUUAGCCUGUAUGUAUAUGUAUAUAUAAGAGCUCAUGAAUUCAACACCUCUCCGCAUUGGCUCCUAAUCGGUAACUAACUGGAGCACAGGUCCUGAGAGAUGGGAUUAGCUUUUGUGAAGACUGAAUUUUAGAGAUUUUUGAUAUUUGUAGUAAAGAAAAAUGUCUUCCGCUGUCGUCAAGGAUGAGAAGAAGGCGAUUAUUGAUACAGCCGCAUGGACGUUUAAUAUUGUUACUUCUGUUGGAAUUAUUAUUGUUAAUAAGGCCCUAAUGGCUAAUUUUGGCUUCAGCUUCGCUACAACCUUGACUGGUCUACAUUUUGCCACCACUACACUGAUGACUCUUAUUCUUAAGAGGCUUGGAUACAUACAGGAUUCCAAUCUUCCAUGGUCUGAGCGCAUUAAAUUUGUUUUAUUUGCAAACUUCUCAAUUGUUGGAAUGAAUGUGAGUUUGAUGUGGAACUCUGUGGGAUUCUAUCAGAUUGCAAAGUUGAGUAUGAUACCUGUCUCAUGUUUAUUGGAAGUUGUGCUGGAUAGUGUGCGAUACUCGAGAGACACCAAGCUAAGCAUUUUGUUGGUUCUCCUGGGUGUUGCUAUCUGUACAGUUACUGAUGUGAGUGUCAAUGCAAAGGGAUUUAUUGCUGCCUUCAUUGCGGUUUGGAGCACUGCUUUGCAGCAGUAUUAUGUACACUUUCUUCAACGGAAGUACUCACUAGGAUCUUUCAAUUUAUUGGGGCAUACUGCACCACUACAGGCUGCAUCUCUGCUGUUGGUGGGCCCGAUCACAGAUAAAUGGUUGACUGAUAAGAGUGUAGGUGCCUAUCACUAUACUCUAAGCGCAGUGUCGUUGAUCGUCCUUUCAUGUACAAUAGCAAUUGGGACGAAUCUCAGCCAAUUCAUCUGCAUUGGCAGAUUUACUGCAGUUUCAUUUCAAGUGCUUGGACACAUGAAGACCAUUCUUGUGUUGACUUUAGGAUUCUUGUUCUUCGGGAAAGAGGGUAUGAAUAUACAAGUUGUAUUGGGAAUGGGUAUCGCGAUAGUAGGCAUGGUUUGGUAUGGUAAUGCGUCAUCUAAAGCUGGAGGAAAAGAGCGGGUUCAAGCAGUAGCUCGCAAUGAACUUAGAGCUGAAGCUGAAGUUGAAGAAAAGGAGUUGUUAGGAUCGACAGAGGUUGAUGAAAAAGUUUAAGGAUGAAGAAGAAGAAAGGAAAGAAAUUAAGCAUGCAUAUCAUGUAAUGUAGUGUUAUUGUCCUGUUACUGUUUUAUUUUAUUUUAUAAUCCCAUAUUGAGAGUAUUUUUGUUAUUACAAUACUUGAUAAUAAUAAUAAUAAUGG